GAUUAAUAUGUUAUUGAAUAAAAGUUUGUCUACAAUUUUUGUAUUCGUUUUUAUUUUCCGUGUCAAUGCCUCCGAAAAUGAAUCUAACAGUGAAUCUGAUGAAGAUGACAAACUAAAACAGGCUUUGGUUUUGGUUGAAAUACUCAAAAAAGAAUACUUGACGCUGCUUCAGUCACAACAUGUGAUACAGCAGCAACUGCAGCAGCUGCAGCAGCAGCACGUGGAGUCAGUCACAACUACCGAAGUACUACCUGCAGUAAAUGAUGCCACACUUGAGGCAAAGCCAGAACAUCAAGCUGCCGUUGCAAAAUAUUUAAGGCGCGCGGAAUCGAGUCAAGGUAUACCCGGUUUGCUAAACGGAAGACGUGCAAACAAGGUCCCGAUUGAUAAAGUAUGGAAUAAGAAAUUUUUGGCAAAUUACAGAAGAGCUCUGUCAGAACCAGUUAAUGAGACGAUGGAAAAAACAAAUAUGCCUGAUGAUAACAAAGGAAACGAUGCAGUCAAUAUGGUUACCAAUAAAACAGAAAAUGUGUCAUUUAAUACAACAGCAAGACAUACAAAGGAAAAGCAAAUUCACAAAGCUACUGUAAAUAAAAUAAAAAAUGUCACUAGAGCUGUAAGAAAUAAGAAACUAACCAAAAAUUCUGUCAAAAAGCGUAAAUCUCCAACGCCUAAAAAUAAACCUGUACUAAGAGAUGCGACUGACGUUAAUCCUGAUGAUAAUGACAAUAAUAAGCAAAAUGCAGCUGAGGUUCAUCCUGAAGAUAAUGGCAAUAUGAAGCAAAAUGCGACUGAAGUUAACCCUGAAGAUAAUGUCAACAAGGACCAAAAUGUGACUGAGGUCAAGACUGUAGAUAGUGCCAAUAAGAAGCAAAAUACGACUGAGGUCAAGCCUGAAGAUAGUAUCAGUAAGAAGCAAAAUGCGACUGAGGCCAAGCCUGAAGGUAAUGUCACCAAGGAUCCAGUUAUGGAUCAGAUUGCAUCUGAAUUAGACAAUGAGCUGAAUGAGGAUGGUGCAACUAAAUUGUAUAAGAAAAAACUGAGAACUCCACAAAUAACUAAAAACGCAUUCUUGGAUAUCAGACCCACGUUAAGAAUUCACUUAGCUCGUAGUACCAGACUUCCGAUACCUUUCUCUGAAAAUAAUGCGUUCUGUUACUAUGCUCCACGUUCACCUCUAUGUAUUGGGAGAUAACAAAGAGCAAUGUUUUAGUCAUUUAUAACCCGAUAACUGGAUUUCGUCUCCAUUGUUCCGAGAUUUCCAAAAAUGUCUUGUCUGCUGCAAAGCGACAGUGUAACACUACCCGUUGCGCUUGAUGAUUCCGUGAUAAAUUUUGAUAUUAGGUACGUGUUAUGGUAACUUUCGAACGCUAUCAUGACAUAUAGACAUAUACAGAUACCUUCUUGAGAGUUUUUAUACAAAACGUACGAUGGCGAUAUUGGCUGCAGCGCAUAAGCCGAAGUUUGUUUAAUUGUCUUUGUUAUCGGACUUUGUAACUAUUACGGAAUAAUUAAAAUUAAAGUCAAGCCCUAUUCUCUAGUUUGUUUCGAUAACGUGCCGUGUUGUUGUUGAUAAGGUUACUCCGUCGUUCGACUAUGCAUAUAGUGUUAAAUGAAAAGGUAUUUAUUAAUUAACUUGCUUAAUUUCACCAUUAGCUGUCAAUGAUUUCACUCUAGUGAGUGCAUCAAACAUUACAAUACUUAGGUAUUUUUAAAGAUUAAUGAGCCAGCAGCCAAGAGCGCAACAAAAUUGUAAAUACUGAUAAGUCAUUUCUAUAAUCUGUACAAUACACUUACCGAAUGCUGUUUGCCAUCUGAUGUUUUAUUAAAUAAAUAAGGCAC